AUGACCACCAUAUAUCCAUCCUCCCCACAAGGAAAUGGACAGGAGACCACACCCUUCGAAGUUGGUGGCUGGAGCAAGAGGCCUUCAAGGGUGAAUGAGAAUCAAUCCACAGGCCGAGAACAGACAACAUCAGCAGAUGCUUCAGAUCUGACUGCACACCACAAACUCUCGUCGACAGGUACAAACUUGUCAAGCAAGGCGAAUGGUGCCAAACUCGCUGUCGAACUCAGGUCAUCAAUUCAUCCUACACAGACUGUCAAAUCUUUCAGUCCCUUCUACCAAGCCGAUCUUGAUGCCGAAGAAGACUGGAAACUUAUGAAUGCCUCUGUAUCUUCUCCGAGUACUGGUCAAAAGCACGUCGCUUCGAAUCUUAUCGGCCCCAGCUUUUCACGUGUCGUUACUUCCAACCGAGAGAGGCGGAGGAGAAGACCACCGUCUGCCACACUUCCGUCGUCCCCAUUAUCUAAGCCCCCAAUCCAACCGGACCCUUGUGACGCGGAACAGGACUCUGAAAACAAUGCUGCUUCAGCCGGCUUCAAACCAGAAACUCAGAAGACGAGCUCAUGA